AUCCAGAAAAACAAGUAUUUUUUAAAGUGGCCUUUUUUCAUAGCUGUAUUUAUAAAGUUUUGUGUACUACAAAAGUGUUUGCAUAUUGUUUCUUUCUUAGGAAAAUUCACACGGUAUCUGUUUGUGUUGUUCCCCCCAAAACCGAAAGUUAAAUAUAAUAGAGAAAGUAAAAGUGUUGGAGUGCUUUGGUAUUCCCCUUUAGUUUUUUUUUUGGUAUUCCCUUGUAUAGUCUAAGCAGGAAAUUUUGUCACAGACGUUUUGUUUUUCUCAUCGCAUGGUGGAGAUCCGUGAGCUGUCUUUAAUUUAUCCAACUGUGGAAGUAGUAGGAGUAUUUAUGCCAUGAGCACUGCAAAGUGUCCCAGCUGUGCGAGCUCUGAUGUUGGUGUUUUGGACAGUCAGCGAGCGGUCUGCGGGUAUUGCUCUAAAGUGAAUCGGCGUGUGUUUCAGUUCUGUUGCGAUUGUCAAAGAGAAUGGCCACGUGAUGCUUCAAGCACCAGUGCCUGCAUGCUGCCAGACUGUGCACUUCGUGCUGCCCUCCUCAGCGACACAAAAAUCAGUGACCCAUUCAGCUCGGCAAGAGGAUGUCCGUUUUUCAGGGCCUGUCCAAAGUGCAAGGCCCUGCUAACUCACAACGGUAAAGGAUGUCCCAACAUCACUUGCCCUCAUUGUCACACAUACUUCUGCUUCCGCUGCCUGAGUCGACGGUGCAUUGGGUUAAUGGAUUUUGAUAUUGAUUAUCAUAUUGAUUAUUUUCCUCAACGAGGGCCUUUACGUCAUGGUCAUGACAUAAGUAUAUGUAGAGUGGUAGACAACAGUCUCAAUUUUUAACAGAUGAUUGAAUAGCUCUGUUUGUAAAGAUUUUUUAAUAUAAGGAUUGGGGUAAUUCUGUAGGCGAGUGUAUCUGCAUUAAAUAUAUAAAAGCUAAAUAUAAUAUAAAUACAAUAUGAAGCUCAAUAUAUAGUUAAACACAAUAGAAUUAAUUUAGUCCUGUGCAGAAAUUCCCCAAAGAUUACAAUGUAAAAUGACACUGCAUAGUCAUCUUCAUUGUAUAAAUAAUGUGGAAAAAAAUAUGAAUCUAAUAAUCAUUGUUAAAGCUACAGAUGUUUUUGUUUCUUGUGCUUGAAUGCUUAACACUCUUUAAAAAGGUGCAAAUUAUACAUUUUACUCUGUUAUGGUUAACCAUUGCAAGUAAGUCUGAAAUGAUGUGUUCUGAACUGAGGUGCCAUGAUCCUAACUUCACAUCCUGCAGUGUGAUUAUUGCCUAAUAUGCCCAUUACAGGGUUAAAGCUGAAACAAUAUAUUGUACAAACCUAAUAAAACUGAUAAACGGCUUAACACUCAAUUCCACCUAUUCAUAUUGUGUGAUUUAUAGGGUAAUACUUUCACUGUUAAACGUGUUAUUGUAAAUGCUGAUAACGUUGAAUGUCUUUUAAAACU